GAAUUGUUAUCGCAGAUACUCUUAUAUUGUAUAUUAUACUCUUCUUCUAUAGGUGAAGACAAAAGACUCAUCAAAUCAUCUUUCCAUUAUCCAAAAUGCACAAUUGAAAUCGCCUUCCUCGUCACUCCGGAGCUCAAAAAGUAACAGGAAUACCUACCUAGUUACCUACCUCUCCGAAAACACAACAACAAUCUUCACAUGCCAUGGACAAGAUAGUCCCCAACACUAUUCGUCGCACAGGCUCCAAUUUAGGCCAUCGCCUCCGUACUGCCCAAAGUACCUAUCCGGAAAAAGAUACAUCGCCGGCACGACUCGUCAUCACUGCUGAGACGCCUCGUUUUGACCCCUAUAUCCUCCGAUUGUUCAAGAAUGAGGGGUUCCACGUCUCUUAUAUGCCCUUCAAGGGGAAUAAGAAGGAAUAUGAUAGCCGCUUGCAACAGAUAGCCGAUGAUCUGGAACAGGGGGAGAGAUAUGCUAUUGUAGCCUACGGUGAAGCAGCCGCUCGCGUGCUCGAAGCAUGCACGGAACCCAUGCCAAAACUCUGCGCCGCAGUGGCCUACUAUCCUACCACUGUACCCGCGAAUGUAACAUUCCCGCCAUCUCUCCAGGUCGCAAUCCAUCUUGCAGGGUCUCAAAAUUUCGGUACCAAAGCAAAUUAUUCCUACACUUAUCCCGACACAGAGAUCGGGUUCGCGGAGCACCGAACCGGCGACGAUCGCGACGUAUAUAACAAGGUGUCUACACGGUUAGCAUGGAGCCGAACUCUGGGCUGUCUUCGAAAGGGGUUCAAUAUCGAGCAUAGUGUAGAGAUGGAGGAAUUGUGGGAGAGACAUCUCCUGCAGGCUUUCUCGAGGAAGGAUGCAGAUCGGACGAUGGCGACCAUGUAUGAUGAUGGUGAUAGCAACGACGAUGAUCAGCUUCAUGUGAAUCAUGUCCCGACGAUGGUUGGCGGAACCGGAUACCACGAUCUCCACGAAUUCUACUCCCAUGAAUUCAUCCCACAUAGCCCACCUUCCUUAAAACUACACCUCCUCUCACGCACCGUCGGAACAGACCGCAUCGUCGACGAACUCCUCCUCACAUUCCGUCACACACAAGAGAUCCCCUGGCUUCUACCACGAGUCCCGCCCACAGACCGCGAAGUGCAAAUCGUCAUCGUCAUCGUGGUCACGUUGCGCGGGAACAAACUCGCCAGAGAGAACAUUUACUGGGACCAGGCGAGCGUCUUGAUGCAAAUCGGCCUGUUGGACCCUACGCUUGUGCCGCAGAGUUUCAAAGCAACGGGCAAGAAUCUCGACGGGAAGGAAACUGUAGAUAGGCUACCCGUCACGGGCGCAGAGGCCGCUUGGAUGGUGGUCGACGAGCAGUCGGAGGAUAGUAAUAAACUUUUGGACGAAUGAGAGGAGCUUUCUCGGUUAAUAUAUACAUAUAUACCUAUAUAUAUAUAUAUUUCAGGCGGGGUUCUUGUAAUAUCUUCCAUCUCUCGCCUUGUAAGGGAGUGCUCGGGGGUGUGAGCUUUUUGUAUAUAUUUGUAUAUUUAUUUUAUGUAUUUUGUCCCUUGCAUUAGGCUUGUUUAUACAUUUCCAGUCAGGAGUUAUAUAGAUAGCCGCUCCAGAAUAUG